AUGUCAUCUCAAGCUCCAUCAACCCAUGUAGUUGCUAAGAAAUUAAAUAGUUGUGAUGCAUGUCGAUCACGUAAGAUACGAUGCGACCGCAUCAUCUUGAGCGAGACAGCUUCAGAACAAACAAUGCCUGCACAGCCUCCACCGUGUAAACAAUGCGGAAAUCUAGGAAUAGAAUGUACAACUACCUGGAGACCCAAAAGACGUGGGCCACCGAGUGAAUACCUGAAGAAACGACUGAGUGUUGCCAGUCCGCCAUCUGUAAAUCUUCCUUCGUCGUCGCUUCUGUAUAAAAGGGAAGGACUGAUUACUUCGCCUACAACAUUUACUUCGUCGUCUCCGAUAUCCCCUUUAUCAUCUCAUAUGAAUCCAUGUACAUUUUCUCUCUUCUUCGAUUAUGUACAUCCUUUGACUCCUUGUUUACACCGUCCUACAUUCCUGAUGGAAGUAGAACAUCGAAGGGAUGAGAAGGAUCCCGUAUUCUUGGCAUUGGUUCUGAGCGUGCUAGCUUCUGCUAUCGUCCAGAUCCCAAAAGCUUUGCUUCCGCCGAUCAACAAUGUCCCCGCCCGUGAGAUGGCAGACAGGUGUUAUCAAGUAUCUCGUUUAGUCUCCCUCAACGCAUAUGAUCCACCCACUAUAGAACUUGUGAUUACUAGAUUCUUGGAUGCGGUGUAUCAUUUGGUAUCUGGCCGAUUAGGUGCACAAGCGGCCUGCCUGGGUGAAGCUUUACAGCUUGGUGUAUCGCUGGGCCUACACAGAGAAGCUAGCUACAUCAAUCUAGAUCCAAUCAGUGCAGAAGUAAGACGCAGAAUGUUUGGUCUGAUAUUUACAUCCGAUAAAUCCGCAGCUUGCCUCAGGGAUCGACCUAUAUUCUUAGCUGCUGAUGAAUGCGAUACCAUGAUGCCAAGAGAAGUCGAUGAUGAGUACAUCACCAGAACGGAGUAUCUGGAUUUCCCUAUGCACGCUACCUCCACUAUCGCUGGUUUCAAAAUCAUUGGAGAUGCCCUCACUCUUAGACGAAGCGUUAGGAGGGAAAGCCCGUUAUCACCAGAAAAUGUUUUAGCAUACUUGCGGCGAAUCGACUUAAUAUCCGGUGAACUUGCGAAAGUUCUCUUGGAUAUCCCUUCAGAUCUCGCGUUGAAUGAGACUCCUGCCCCGUUAGAAAUACCGGACACGAAUCAAGAAUGGGGACAAGAUAUUUUAGCUCAACUUGACCUGUAUUUUACACAAGCGUAUCAGACCCGCUCGAUGGCCAAAGAGUCUUUCCUUGUGUUGAAGGGCAACAUUUACAUCACUCAUGCUCUGGCGAGAUACGUUCUGCUAAAGUGUAGAGACGAAGUCGUCGAGUUAGUUCAUCCGUCCGGUGAAGCAUCUACAACAGUUACUGUAAAGAUGGUAUCGCUCUUCACCGAUGGAAAGGAUAAAUAUGAGAACAUCGUCCUGGAUCUACUGAAAGCACUCCACAAUAUACCAAUUCAGAAUCUGGCUGUUAACGGUCCAUCCUUGGUGAACAAGGUGCGAUACGUAGCUGUAUCACUCUUGGAUGCGUUAGAUGCUAGCAAUCCCGUUAGCGCAGAAGGGGCAUAUCUACUCGACUUCUUGGGAAUACUUUCUGAAAUCGAGCAGAUUCUGUGA